ACUCGCUUCCACUUAGCUUUAUCCAUUUAUUAGCAUUAUAAAAGAAAAAAAACCAUCAUCGAUUAGAUAACUGCCAUUUUUUCUUAUCAAAAACAACACUUGGUUUCAUUGCGAUGGUUAUCCGCAAACCGGCACAUGGCAGAAAAAGAUUAACUCAUUUCACGCUUUCGAGCUUGAGCCAUCCAACCAGUCUUCUGUGGUGCUGCUUGCCGCUACUACUAAAUAGAACAAAUCUGUGAACUACAUCCUAGCUCGUACCGUCGACGUACUUACUGCUGAACAAAGAUGGAUCUCAACAAAACGACCUCCCGCCCGCUGCAUCCGUACGCCAAAGCCCAUCUCUGCAGCAAAUAUUUUUUCUGGUAAGUGUUGUACUUCCGCUGCAUUUUUCUUCUUGUUUUUUUUUUUUUUUAUUUUGCCAUUUUCCACUUCGAUGCAGGUGGCUGCUCGGUCUAUUGAAAACUGGGCUGAAAAGACAGAUUUCUGCUGGGGAUAUCUACGAGACGUUGCCUGCUCAUCGAAGUGAUCAAAUAGGAAAUCGUUUUACGGAAUGCUGGCGGAAGCAGCAGGAGCAGCAGAAGAUGCAGGAGAUGGAGUCCCCUCGGAAAAGCCGUCCACCAGAGCCGUCGGUUUUGUCACCACAGCAGCGAAAGCCUUGGAGACUGCUCAAGGUAGUGCUGAAAAUUUAUGGUACCAGCGUCUUGUUAUUUGGAGGAAUCUAAAGCUGCCUGGAAUCGGCAUGCAGAAUCAUCCAACCGUUUUUGCUGGGCCAAUUGAUUCUGUACUUCGACCAGCCCCAAUCACCACCGAGAACGACACCUGGUGGCACCCGGACGAUAACACCGACCAUGGCCUACUUGUACGCAACCGGAAUCGUACUCAGUGUGCUGCUCCCGUCCGCCAUCUUCCACGUGUACCAGCUGUUUCUGUUGCAGGUCGGAAUGAAAAUUCGCAUCGGAUGCUGUUCGCUCAUUUAUCGAAAGAUCUUCCAGAUGUCAACCACCCUGUCGGCGGACGGCCUGAGCGGGCGCAUCAUCAAUCUGAUGUCCAACGACGUCAGUCGGUUCGACUACGCUGUGAUUUUCUUCCACGACCUCUGGAAGGGUCCCGUUGAGUUGGUGAUCGUGUCGGUUCUUGUCUACCGACUGAUCGGUCCUGUUGGGCUCAUCGGAAUCGCUCUGCUGCUACUGUUCAUCCCCGGACAGGGUUGGUUGGGAAAAAGUGCAGCCGGCUACCGGUUGCAGACUGCCCUCGCUACCGACGAACGGUUCAAGUUUAUGACCGAGGUAAUUCAGGGUAUGCAGGUCAUCAAAAUGUACGUGUGGGAGAAGCCGUUCGAAGCGAUCGUGCGGCAACUGCGGCAUAAAGAACUGAGAGCUCUUCGUGGAAGUGCAUACGUGAAAUCAGCUCUAUUUGCACUACGAAUUAUACCGAAGAUUUCGAUAUUUCUGUGUUUGGUCGUUUACGUGUACACUGGCAAUGGUUUGACAGCUCAGCGAGUUUACAUGUUAAUAUCAUUUUUUAGCGUAAUUCAUCAUUCGAUGGUGGAGUUUUGGCCACUAGCUGUUACUUCGUGUGCCGAAGCUUGGGUUUCAUUGAAGCGAAUACAGGAGUUUUUGGUAGAGGAAGAAGGACAACUGCCUAACAUCAGUUCUGAGGAUACCAUGAAGCAUUCCUUGGGUAAACUAGAAUUUCGAAACGUCGCUGCCAAAUGGUCGGAAUCUACUUUCGAGCUGCGAUCGCUAAACUGGAUUAUCGACGAGGGUCAAACUUGGGCGGUAAUCGGUGAAGUUGGUUCCGGAAAAUCGUCUCUUCUUAAUCUGAUUAUGAAGGAGUUGUCUGUCUUGGAAGGAUCGCUAACGGUCAACGGAACGAUCAGUUACUGUUCACAGAAACCGUGGAUGUUCGAAGGAACGGUACGUGACAACAUUGUUUUCAUAGAACCAUUCGACGAAGAUCGAUACGCAGAAGUUGUCCGAGUUUGUGCUUUGACGAGAGAUUUCCAGCUGUGGCCAAGUGGUGAUCGGACCGUAGUUGGCGAACGAGGUGUUAGUCUGAGUGGUGGACAGAAAGCCAGAGUCAACUUAGCCCGGGCCAUUUAUCGCAAGGCGAACAUUUAUCUACUGGAUGACCCCUUGUCGGCGGUAGACGCACACGUGGGCAAGCUAAUCUACGAAGAGUGCGUUGGAAGAUUUCUGGAGAAAGAAAUCUGCGUGUUGGUUACUCAUCAGUUGCAGUUUUUGAAGGGAUUGAAUAAUAUUCUGAUUAUGAGAGGAGGUACCAUUGCGGCUACUGGAUCGUAUGAACAACUCCAGAAGCAUUUCACUGAUUUGGGAUUCGGUGAAGUUAUCAAAGAAGAUCAAAAUGUUACAAACGAACAACUGCUGAUUGACGAUAGUUGCUUUCAGGAAUCGCCACAGCAGAAAACAAUUGAGGAAAUUCAGAUGGAUGGCAAUGUUGGAUUCAAAGUGUACACAGACUUUCUUAAAUCGGUGAAGAGUACAGUAUUCGUAGUUUUCGUAGGACUGCUUCUACUGGCUUGGCAAAUAUCGUCCACGGCAACCGAUUAUUUCGUGUUUAUCUGGGUUACCUGGGAAGAGAACUAUUCGCAAAUGGCAACAACUUGGACAACUGAACAUCACGUUUUCAUCUACGCAGGUCUAAUCGUUCUAACUCUUCUGCUGUCCGUUAACUCCCUAGCCUUCUUCGAAAUGUGUAUACGGUCAUCGCUGCAUCUACAUUCGGCUUUAUACCGUGGCAUCACCCGAACCACAAUGUACUUCUUCAACACCAACUCAUCCGGUCGUGUCAUGAACCGUUUUUCGAAAGACAUCGGCCUUAUUGACUCCAGUCUUCCGGUUGUGCUAAUCGACAGUCUGUACUUUUUUCUAGAGUUAGCCGGAAUCAUCGCAAUCGUAUCGCUGGCCAACUGCUGGCUACUGAUACCGACGGCCGUCAUGGGUCUCAUAUUCUACGUGCUACGAUUCGUGUUCCUGAAAACGGCGCGCAACGUCAAACGGGUGGAGGCCAUCACUCGCAGCCCGGUAUUUACCCACACAAACGCUACGGUCGAAGGAUUGAGUACCGUUCGGGCUUUCGGAGCCGAGCGUCAAUUGCUGGCGGCAUUCGAUGCCAAGCAAGAUUUGAACACUUCGGCUUCGUUCUUAUUCGGUGCCGUCACGAGAGGAUUCGCCUUCUGGCUGGAUCUGGUCUGCUGUCUGUAUAUUGGCGUUGUUGUGUUCAGCUUUCUGGUGUUGGGAACAGCAAUCAUCAGCGGAAAUGUCGGCCUGGUCAUAACUCAGGUGCUGAAUUUGAUCGGAAUGUGCAAUUGGGGUCUUCGGCAGACGGCCGAGCUCGAAAAUCAGAUGACAUCGGUGGAACGAGUGUUGGAGUACGCCCGACUGGAACCGGAAAAGGAUCUUACGGAGGAAAGCCUACGAACGCUUGCCGAAGAUUGGCCCAAAGAGGGAGGAAUUACGUUUCAUAACGUAUACCUGCGAUACGCUCCAAAUGCUGAGCCCGUCCUGAAGGAACUUAGCUUCGAGAUAAAACCGAAGGAACGUGUGGGCAUCGUUGGCCGCACCGGAGCAGGUAAGUCAUCAAUAAUUCAGGCUCUCUUUCGCCUGGUGCCAAUCGAGGGAGAUGCAGCAUCGAAGGGUCGCAUCGAACUAGACCACGUCAGUACCGGAUCCGUACCGUUGGGUCGGCUUCGGGCAGCGAUUUCCAUUAUUCCCCAAGAGCCAGUGAUAUUCUCCGGCAGUUUGCGUAAUAAUUUAGACCCAUUCGGUGAGCUGGAGGACGGCCGAAUUUGGAAGGCUCUAGAACAAGUCGAGCUAAAGCACGUAGUUGCCAACUAUGCUGGCGGAUUGAACACCAAAAUGGUCGAGGGAGGAGUGAACUUCAGCGUCGGCCAACGGCAGCUAAUUUGUCUCGCGAGAGCCAUUCUUCGAGACAGCCGAAUUUUAAUUAUGGAUGAAGCGACGGCCAGCGUAGAUCCUGAAACCGACCGGCUGAUUCAGCACACUUUACGGCAACAGUUCCGGGACUGCACUAUUCUUACCAUUGCUCACCGGCUGCACACCGUAAUGGACAACGACCGGAUUCUGGUGAUGGAUGCAGGCCGUCUGGUGGAACUCGAUAGCCCGGCGAAUCUACUGCGUCAACCGAAUGGAUUCUUUCGACGACUUUUCGAUGAAACCGGCAUGGAUGCCAAAGGGUAUCUAGGGUCGCAUGAUGAAUAAAAAUUUGAUGUUUUCUCAUCUACUCUAAAAGUUGGAAAAGUCCAUCCUACUCAUGACUUCUCCCAGAAAAAAGUUAUGAUAGUUUCCAAAUUAUCGACAAACUGUCCUCCCGUAUGCACAAAUAAUCAAGUUUAAGUUCAUCUCUGUGUUCGUGAAAAUAGUUCGGAUUCAGUCUAAAUAUUAAAAUAAAUGAGUCAGUUAUAGCAGAGGCAUAACCGGGCUGACGUUGACUUGAUUAGUUGACAUUUGAUAAAACAUUUCUACAACGAAUUUUGAGAACCUUCUUCAUGAAUUUUCAAUUCCUGAGAAUGACAUAUUACAAGCUCGUUUCUAUCCAACUAGUGCUGAAAUGACACUUUUUUCAUAUUACUCAUUGAUCAAAUCCUCGCCAGGAUAUUCCAGCGAAGCGACGGCAGUAAUUUGUCGGUUUACUCUCAGGAAUCAGAACUAAUUGGCUCAAGUGGCACGUUUCCCUAGUUAUUAUGAGAUUUGUACUUCUGAUUUGGGUUCCGCAAACAACCACAGCGAUCAUCAAGGCAGCCAAAAGAUCAGAAGACAGUGGGGAGCGAAUAGCCACGAACAAACAGUUGCAAUGAUAACACUCACUAGUGGAAUGACUUUGGCGGACUUUUGUCAAUAAAAAACUACGCUAUUUUUACGUUCGAGUAACUUUAUUCACCGGCUAUUGCAAGAGUACUUCACUAUUGCAUUUCAAUGCACUUCGGACUUUGUGGCAGACAAAAAGCGAUCGAUUUUAAUGCAGGUUUAUUCAAAGCUGAGUGGUAGUCUAUAAAUCCGGAGAAAAUGUCUACGGGCUUCAUUUCUCUAUAAAGUAUGAAACAUAGUUUGGCGAGAAAAAAAAAAACGUGAAGGCCAUUUCAAAAGUCUGCGAAAAACUCGAUUCUCAAAAGUAUGCAACAGAGAAUGUCAUAAGAAAUCUAGACAUCUCUGGGUAUGAUGAUGGCGAACAGAGCCAGAAAUGCCAGAUUUUUUCAUAGGAAAUCUGUAUUACCCUGUAUAAAAAAUCUGU